UAUAAUUAACUAUCCAAUAGAGAGUUGCCAUUUGACAGGUCUACUUGAUGUUGGCAAGGCAACAAGGUCAGUGUCGUCCUUGAUGGCUUGACAGGUGCGUGACAGUUCAGCGCUCAGCAUGUACGCCAAAGGGAAAGGAUCUACUGUUCCCUCAGAUGCUCAAGCAAGAGAAAAAUUAGCAUUAUACGUAUAUGAAUAUUUAUUACACGUAGGGGCACAGAAAUCAGCACAGACAUUUUUAUCAGAAAUACAGAUACGAUGGGAGAAAAAUAUAACAUUAGGGGAGCCACCUGGGUUUUUACAUUCCUGGUGGUGUGUGUUUUGGGAUUUGUACUGUGCAGCACCUGAAAGAAGAGAGACAUGUGAUCAUUCUAGUGAAGCUAAAGCAUUUCAUGAUUAUGGUUUUGUAAAUUCUGGUUACAGUGUAAAUGGUAUAGGCCCGAAUGCAGCAGCCCCCAGCCCGUUAGGUCAGAUGCCCCCACAAGAUGGCAUGCCGGCAGGACCGAUGCCACCUAGUUUUUUUCCUCCACCAAAUUCCCAGCCGUCCCCCCACCCACCGCCUCACAACCAUAUGAUGGGCCCCAAUCAACCUUUUAUGUCACCCAGAUAUCCAGGGGGCCCCAGGGGUCCUGGGGUACGGAUGCCUAAUCAAGUAGAUUUUAAUUCACCUCCGUGCAGCGGUGCUGGUCAGAUGCCAAUGCCCAACAGCAUGGAUCCUAGACCAGGUCAUCCGGGUAUGGGUCCCAUGCCGAGAAUGAACCAUCCGGGCUCACGGAUGCCCGGCCCUAUGACCCCAUAUGAAUCAAUACAAAACUUUGGCGGUAUGAGGGGUCCACCGCCCAACUCAAGUAUGGGCCCAGGGGGCAUGCCACCUUUGUCAAUGCCAGGUGGUCCGGGACCAGGGGGACAAGGCAGCAGACCGUGGCCUCCAACAUCAUCAUCAUUAAAUUACUCCUCAGCAUCUCCUGGAAGUUAUAAUGGACCGGGAGGCCCCCCUGGCACGCCCAUCAUGCCCAGCCCUCAAGGUGAUUCACCCUUUGCCAUAUCAGCACCUGAAGCAGCGAACUCAGAAGGAAUGUAUAGUUUGAUGAAACCAGGAGGAAUGCCAGGAAUGCCUGGGUUCCCGAUGGGAGGACCAGAUGGCGGGAUGCCGAUGGGUCCAGACAUGCCUCCUGUUAUGAAUGGUGAUAUGGACGGCAUGAAGAACUCCCCACAGCACGGCGGCCCCGGAACACCGCGCGACGACCUCCCCCCCUCCAGCAGCACCGUGACGGGGCCCGACAUGUCCGGCUACCCCAGUCUCAGUUACCAAGACAACAUGGUGGGUCAUUUUUCAUCAGCUGUAGACAUGUAACAGACAAUAGAAGAUUUUUGACUAAAGAAAGAUCUUGAUCCAUUAGAAACAGUUUGGUUUCACGGUUAGGGUUUACGGCAGUAAAACGCUGUUUGUGCACAUUGAUCUGUCUAAAAAAAUAAGCUGCAUUAAGAUAUAAAACAUUUUACAUUUUAUUAUAUCAGUAUUAUGGCAUGGAAUUCCUCCUUUCGAAACUGUUACUUCAAAGAAUAAACUUCUUCGUAGUGACAAAGGACAUUCCAUUUUCCAUUUGCAGAACAGGGCAUUUUUGAGAAUUGGGUAGAUCUAAGCUUUUUUGGAGUGUAGUGAUUUUCCAAGUUCAAGGUUUGUCAUCCCUCAGAAGAAUGGGGUCAUUGUAGGCGUGAACUGAAAUUGCAGGUUUAUCCCAAGGUUUCUAGUUAAGCAAAACAGCUUUAGGAUCAUAUUUUUUAUAUAUAUAUAUUUUUAAAUCAGUAAAUAGGCCAAAAACAUUUAGAUGCAUUGUUCUUAUUACAAACUAAUUAAAGGAAGAUCUAAUGGCUAACUCCAUCUAUAGUACUGCCUAUAGGCUUUUUUAUGUCUAAUUUCACUAGACUUGCCAUGGGAUAAAGGCCUAUAAACUCACUUAAAGCUGUUAAUAAAAGCAUGUAAAGUGAGUCAUCACUUUAAACAUAAGCAUUUAAGAGUCAUCUAAAGUGGAUUAUUAUUCAAACAUAAGCUCUAAGUCGUCACAGUAAAAACGUAAGCUGCAAAAUGAGUUGGUUAAACAUAAGCAUUUAAGGGAGCCAUUAAAAGUGAAUUAUCAAAUGUUCAUCAUCACCAUCAAAGUUAAACUUCUAAAAUAGUCAUAAGCUCUUCUAUAGCGAGUCAUUACUGUUAAACAAGCUUCUACAAUGAGUCAUCACUGUCAAAUAUAAACUUCUAAAGUGAGUCAUCAAAUAUAAGCUUCUAAAGUGAGUCACAAUGUUAAAUACAAGUUUCUAGCAUGAGUCAUCACUGUCAAAAAAAAAGCUUCUGAGUCAUCGCUGUCAAACAUAAGCUUCUAAAAUGAGCAUCACUGAAGUAAGUAAUCAUGUUUAAAGUUUGAGCAUCUAGUACGAGUCUUCACGGAGUUAUCUUUGCACAUUUUGUGUUGGCUCAAUUCCAUGUCGGCCGUUCUAAUUUGUAAUCUUCUGUUCCCCCCCCCCCCCCCCGAUCUUGACCUACUCUUUGACUUGUACCACAGUGCGAGUGAGCCGAUGGCGCUCUCCCUCUUCUCUCUGCCAUCCACUGAUGACCGAUUGCACUAGUUCCUGGCUCUUUACUUGCAGAUGCUGCAAUGAUCCUGACAUGACCUUGUGCUGAUUCACCUGCAGUGAUUGUCAACAACGGUUCCCACAAUCUGUUGUAAUUUCAUGUGGUGUAAACUAUUAACACAAACACAAACACACACACUAAAACAUACAUGUAUGGAAUUAUGUGUCGAGCACAAUUCUCAGGUAUACACUUCUUCUUUUUUUCUUUCUUUUUUUUUUUUUUUUUUUUCUUCUUUCUUUUUUGUUUUUUGUGAUUGUAAGUUUGCUACACAGGUCAAAAGUAUGUGGGAUGAUCGUCCCGCGCUUGAACCACACAGUGUUUGUGUUUGUUUCAUUCAUGUGGCAAACAGGUGUUUGAAGAAGGAGUAACAAACAAUUCGUUGCUACAAAAGUUGAGACAUUGAAAUUUAUAAAUACAUCUCCGUUGUUUAACAUUUUCUCAGUUGUCAAGACCUUUUUUUUUUUACCAACUAUUCUAAAGAUCAUGCAGUUAUGCUCGAUUGUUUUUCUCUCUCUCUCUCUCUCAUUCACACUAGUAAUUUCAUUACCAGUUUUUACAAUGGAAGGGCAGGAGGAAUGAAGAAAAACUUUUUAAAAUGUUUCAGCUAUGGUAAAGAGCAUGAUGUCAUUUAUGGGGAAACAUCCUCAAUAGUACUAAGUACUACGGAUGGACUAUUCAACAUGUGCAACAAGGAAGAAUUAAUAUAUUGUGUUUGUAUUUCUUUUUCUUUCUUUCUUUUUUUUCUUUUUUUUUUUAAACAAAAAACUACAAUUAUGUACAUUGGUGGUUGAAAAUCUAAAGUAUGCCAUGUUUUGGAAUGCUUGUAUGUUUCACAUUUCAAUGAACUGAAGAUAUUGUCCAUAUUAAUAGCUGUGUGCGAAGUGACUUGAAUAUGUUAAUCUUGUACGGCGUGGACACAGCUGGUUCGUAUUGUUGUUAUUGUGAUGUGUCGACUGCCUCUGUUGUUAGUACACCGAAGGUAGGCCAUGUUAUACCUCCCAAUGUAAGAACACCAGCAGUGCAUCCUGGGAAAUCUUUUUUUUGUGUGUGGAAGUUGACUGUUAAUGUAUGGAGAAAAUAUUGCCAAAUAUGAAAUAAAAUUUUAGUUUAAAAUUAAAGCAUUUCUGUACAUAGUACAUAGGAAAAUUCACUAAGACAUACAAAUGCAUUUGAAUCUCAGUGUAAAUAUCAGAAAGGUGAAUUUGCUUUUCUCAUGUACUAUUUGUUACAGUAACAGAAAAACCCCACAAAUGUAAUAAUGAAAUAAGGGGUCCUAUCGUAUAUAGUAAAUGAUGCUAUCAGACAUAUAUACAGUACAUAAGUUUGUAAAAUUCACGUUUAUCAAACCAGGUUUAAUUUUCAUGUUAUUUGUACUUUUUUGUAUGUAUUAAACUGUUUGGCCAACUUGUAAUAUAAAUUCUGCUCAUAUGUAUAUAUCUUGUAUGUUUCAUUUGAUUUGGCCAAAAUGUACCAUUUAUGUAAAGUAUGUAUAUGGACCCGUAGGGGUGAAUGUAGUUUUUAAAAUAAUAAAUAAUAAUAAUAAUAAAAUGCUAACUGACUUUACCUAAAAAUAAAUUGGGUGGGGGCGUGUUUCUAGAAAAAUAUUUAUAGGCCUAAACAUACUUUUCUGAUUUUAGUUUAACAUUUUGUGCAAUAUACAAAGUGAAAAUUGUCCAUUACACAUUUUUGUAUUCAGGGUUUUUUUUAAUUCCAGAAGCAGUACAAAGAAUAUCUGUAUGGUUAUGUACAGCAAUAACUGAAAUCAAGUGUUAACAUGAUGUUAUUUAACUUAAAAUAUAUGUGAAUAAUGUAAUCUAAAAUAUUUUUACAAAAUUUAAGGUCAUUAAUGUAGAUCUUUACUUCUAGUUUUAACAUAUACCUGUAACAUGAUCUGAUAAUGAUUGGCAAUAAUUUCACAUGAUGAGCAGUUAACCCACAAUUUCUUAUCUUUCAUGUGUGUUUGUAAUGUUUUUGUCCGUUGAUCAGAGUACCACUAUUUCUGUUAUGCUGCAUAUCUCUCUUAUUGUAGUCGACACAUAAAUAACAUUGAGUGAGAGGUCCAUACAUUUGUAAUUAUCAUUUUUAUUUUUGGUGAUCACACCAGAAUGACACAUGGAUCAGUUACUUCGAUCAUCUUUUCUUCUUUUUUUUUUUUCUUUUUUUUUUUUUUUUAAAGGGUGUUUCUUGUCUUGUAAAUAUCCUGGGAUGUACAGCAUGUUAAUUUCAUUGGAAACCGAUCCAAUAUUUGUUCUGUUGUGAUCAGAGGCCGUCACUCAAGAACUUCCAUUAUUGAAUUGUUUGGGUAAUUUGUUUUGCUCAGUUUUUGCCCGACUUGCCAUUAGCCAUGCUAAAUGAUUUAAAACCUAGGCUGCAUUGCUGGUCAUUUGAGUAAACUUGCUGUCAUUCAGACUUGCUCAUAACUCUACCUCUGAAACCGUUGUCAGUACUUUUAAAGUGAAUUUAAAAAACACGAAGGGUGACUGAAAAGACUAACUUGGAAAUGAAUAAGUCGGGCCAAUUUAACUUUGCAUUUGUUAAAUUUAACAUGUUAGAAAAUUACUAAUUCAUUUAUUUUUUUAUCAAAGCAUUGAAAGCAUUUGUCCUCUCCAUCGGAUGGAACAGCAAGCCUUUUGUAGGUUAUCUGCAUCAUUUGACUUCACUUUUUUUAAUGCAGCUUAGAUAGUGAUUGGCCUAAAAAUUAGGCAAGGCAUUGUAGACCAAACACUUUUGGGGCAUUCUCACCAUUUUUGGGGAACUUUUUUUUCAUUAAAAAUACGCCAUAAUUAAUUGAAAUAAACGUUAAUGUAAUUUAUGUGCUUGC